AUGCCGUUGGUCGUAUACAUAACGUUGAAGGGUUGGGUUGCUCUGGAUAUUGUGGCAGUAGAAGUAAGGAGAAGAGACUUGGUAAAAUAAAAUAAAAACUACAGGCUACCUCGAUCAUUCUAAAUUAGAAGGAUAAAAGUGACUUCAACUAAAUUGCGAUUAGAAAAGACUGUCCCAACAAAGCUGACAGUCUGUCUAAGGUUUAAUCUAUCCCCGCGUUCGACACGUAUAAUAAUGGACGACUCUUCCACCGCUACCCCAACUACAGACAACCCACCGAACAGCGACAACCCGGACAACCCGGAGCCCAUGGAGUCGCUGGAGUCUCGCAACUCGGAUAAAAUAGACUUGUCAUUGGAUGACAUCAUCAAACUGAACAGGAAAGAGCAGAGAGUGAACAGGGCUACCAGCAAGGCCCGAAACCAACGGGCCUCAAACAAGCACAACGUCCUGAGGAAACUAGACAAGACAGGACGCCAGCAAAGAUUCCCUGUCAGACAAGGCCAAAGCCAGCAAGGCACCUACAGAUCAAAGUACAUGGGACCCUCCCCUCGCUGGUUUUACAAAGUAAAGCCAUUCAACAUUAAAAAGGCUGCCAUUGGAGCUAAAGGAGUGAGUCCUUUAAACAGGCAUCCUAUGAACACAAAGGCUACGGUUCAAUUUGGACAACACAAACCUUUAUUCAGGGGAGUGUUUUAUCAGCGAAACAGAAGUCUCACAGCAGCACAGAGAAGGCCUGCCCCUCCACCCAGAGAGCAGGGAAACCCACCAUUCCAGCCAAAACAGAGACGAGGAAGUGCCCGUCCAUUCGUUCUCAACAGAGGGUUCUCUGCCAUGCAAGCCAGUGAGAAACUGGAAAGGUUCCAAAGAGCUAGGAGUUGGCGAAAGGCGCCCUCUACUGGCUGUACCGUAACAGUGUCCCUUCCAAAUGCUAAAGCCAUCCCAGAGCCUGGCACCAAGGCCAAGCAGACUAUGGACCGUUCUAUUUCUACAGGGGGUGAAACUUACUCUCCCAAAGGCAUUCCCCUUAGAUAUAACCUAAAGGCCACAAUCAAUCAGACAGGAGUGACUCUCAACGACCGCUUCACUGGUAUGAGGAUCCUUUCACCCCCAGGACAGGGUCCCCAGCGAGGGGGCAGCAGGGGAAGAGGAAGAGGCAGGGGACUAGGACGGACUGUUGUCUUACAGUGACACUUUGCUAAACAUAACUGUACAUUAUGCUGUGGGCUGUUCAAAAAUGUGUUAUUUUGAAGUUAUUCAGUGUACGGUAAACACAAUGUAUGUUUUUGUCAAUUAUUUAAUUAUGAUUUUCCAGAUUUAUACUGCAUAAGAGUGGUCUUAGAUGGCAAGCAGGUUGAUUUAGGUUGGGGACUUUUUAUUGUUGUUUUUAGCCACUGUGCAAUUUACCGAUUUGAACUCAAAAUAAAUUGAAUGGUUUUGAGUG